GGCACAUCACAGCAUCUUUUGGUUCCUCGGUUCAGCAUGUUUGGUGGGAAGAAACUCAAAGACUUGACAGAAGAGGAUAUUCGAAACUAUGCUGCAUCCCUGGUCUCUGCCACAUCUAUGCAUGGAGGCCUGGAGGCAGACGAGCCAGAAAGACCAGAUCCUUCUGCUGAAGUGGCUCAGCGGCAGCAACUUGCCCAGGCAAUCGCGCAGAAUGCAAAGGAUGGAGAUGCAUCCGGUUACACAGAUGCGCCGGACAGGGAAGCGCCACCUGAAGCACCGGUCGCGGCACUGCCAGAGCCGGAACUGAGUGCUGAAGAGCAAGCCAGGCUGCAAGUCUUGGCAGAGCUGGACCGGUCUCAAAUGCCAGCUGUGAAAAAGGACGGAAACAUCCAAAAGACCAUUGAACACUACACCUUCGCAGACUCUCAAAGUAGUGCUACCAUCACGGUGGAGGCGGACAAGGACCUUUACGAAGGAGCCGCCGAACAUGUGAAAGAAGAACAGAUCGAGGUUUUGAGCAAGGACAAGGAGCUGGUGGUGAUUUUGCAUGGUGUUCCCACCACGAAAGCUGCCAACACGUACGCGGAUUGGACCUUGCGCUUGGCUCCGCUUUGCCAUAGUGUCCGAAAGAACGUCAUGGAAACUCAGGAAGGGCAAGAUCUCCGUGAAGCUAACGAAGAAAAAGCUCCAAGAUUGGAAAAGAUCCGUUCAGAUUUAACGGGUAGGGAUGCUAACAAUAUCCUUACAUGUACAAAGACGUAGAGGACUCAGGCACGCAUUUGCAUGUUUGCUGUUAUGCGUGAUGAGAGCGCCGAAAGACCCAGUGACGACCCUAAAGGGGCUGCUUGGCUGCUUACGCCUGCAAAAAGGGAAAUCCAAAAAGAGGUUACUCUGUAAUGCUCUGCGUGUCAAAAGCCUUUUGCUGUUUGCCAUGCACUCAGUCGAGUUGAG